GGGAUGAGGAGGAGUUUGCUGACUUUAAGUCCAGGAUGGCUUUGAGGACCGGUCAGGGACUGAGCUUUACUAUAACUUCGGACACCUCUAAUGAUGCAGACAUUGCAAUGGGACAGCAAGAUCUGAUAACCAUUGAGGCACUAGGGAAACUGCAAGAGGACGGCAAACACUGGGUGUACGGAGAGAUCGUAGCAAUCGACAGCUAUAAGGAUUGGUCGUACGUUUCGUGCAUAGGGUGCAAUAGGAAAGUCUCGCCUAACGGAGACAGCUUUUGGUGUGUUUCAUGCAGCUCUAACGAUGCAGUUCUGAGGUACAAGGUCAAUGUUAGGGUUGUUGAUGGAACUACCCAUGCCUCAUUCUUGCUUUGGGAUAGGGAAGUCUCAUGUUUGCUGGGGAAGUCAGCAACAUCUCUUAAGGAACAAAUAUCUAGGAGAAACUUUGGACCUCACUAUUUUCCAUCAGAGAUAAAUUCUCUGAUUGACAUAAAGGCUUUGUUCAAGGUGCAGUUCAAGAGAGAAAGCAAAAGUUUCAAAGGUAACCAGACAUACAGUGUGAUUAGGAUGAACACUGAUCCAAAGGUGCUGGCACUCUACUCUGACAAGAUAACCGCACUGGAGGAGGAAGACGAAUUCAGCAGGUUGGCCAAGGAGUUUUCUGGGACAGAGAAGGCUGGCUCCUCACAGAUAUCUGUCUCGAGCCCUCUACUUACUAAGGAGAAAAGGCAGGCUCUCGAUGUCGACAAUGAGAGACUCAAGCGUGACCUAUUUGGAGAAUUUUCAGGCUCAAGCUCUUCAAAG